AUGUGUGUGUUGUGUUCAGACGCCUGUGAACUUACACUGGAUCCAAACACAGCACACACUCGACUCGUUCUGUCUGAGGAGAACAGAAAGGUGACGCGUGUCUCUGAGGGACAGUCGUAUCCUGAUCAUCCCGACAGAUUUGAACAUUAUCCUCAGGUUCUGUGUUCAGAGAGUCUGACUGGACGCUGUUACUGGGAGACUGAAUGGAGCGGAGAUGUUGAUAUAUCAGUGUGUUAUAAAGAAAUCCAGAGGAAAAGAGGGAGUGGUGACUGUGUGUUUGGACGUAAUGUGAACUCCUGGAUUCUGUUCUGCUCUGAUCAAGGAUUCAUUGCUCAUCACAAUAAUAAAGACACUUAUAUCUCUGCUGCUCCAGACUCCUGUAAGAGAGUCGCAGUGUUUCUGGACGAGUCGAGCGGCUCUCUGUCCUUCUACAGCGUCUCUGACACACACACACUCACACACUUACACACAUUCACACACACAUUCACUCAACCUCUACUCGCUGGAUUUAGACUUUAUACAAACUCUUCAGUGUCUCUGUGUCACAUUAAACACUAAACACACACACACACACACACACACACACACACACACACACACACACACACAC